AAGUGGAGCACGUGACCCUUUUGGUCGAAUCACAUUUUAAAUUUCAGUGCGCGCUCCUGCACAAACGACGAAAGAGCCGGAGGAACUGAUAACCCGCUUCAACGUUAACACUAGUCCGUUUCUGCCUUAUUAAUCAAUCCUCGGAAAAGUACCACAAUGUCUGAAGAAAAGCCAAAGGAGGGAGUGAAGACGGAGAACGACCAUAUUAACCUCAAGGUAGCUGGUCAGGAUGGCUCAGUUGUACAGUUCAAAAUCAAAAGGCAUACUCCGCUCAGUAAACUAAUGAAGGCAUACUGCGAAAGACAGGGAUUGUCAAUUCGUCAGAUAAGGUUUAGGUUUGAUGGACAGCCAAUUAAUGAAACGGAUACACCUGCACAGCUCGAGAUGGAGGAUGAGGACACAAUUGAUGUAUUUCAACAACAGACGGGAGGAGUCUGUUCUUAAGUCGGAUGUGGACUCUUGGAAGAAUGUCCACGUCAUUAUUUUCAUGUUGGUUUUCACUUAAUUUUUUCUUUCUUUCUCUGUGCUUGGUCAGGCUGUUCACAACAAAAGAAAGCAGGAGGUUUUUUGUCAGUGCCAAAAUCUUAACUUUGAGAUGCAGGGUAAUUUUUUUAAAGUGUUUUAUUCACAUAAAUGGAUGAUUUGAAAUUGUCCAAGGCAGGGACAUGUCUCAGAUCAGAUAUGGCUCGUAAUGAAAGAAACCACUGCUUUCUGUUGAUGUUGAAAUGACCUCAUGCAUGCCUCAUAAAACAUAAGCUGAACUACAUGCCAAAAUCCCCCCCCCCCCCCUUUUUUUCUCUUUUGUUUUAAAGUUUCCAGAUUGUGUCAGCAUUUAAAUUUCAAGUUAGGCUCAACUGUUUUAAAUUCAUGCUAUGGAGGAGAACUGCUGGAUGGGAGCCUGUGGUUUCUUUCUGUAGAUGGGAAAUACAUUGUUUUAUUUCUCAUGUAAUAAACUUUUAUUCUUUUUCUAAGGAACAUUCAAAAUAAUGUGUAUGUUCAAGAAAAAAAUACUUGUGCUGAGAAAGAUCCAUAUGGAUGGUUUACCUCAAUGGUAAAUAAAGUACAGUAAUGUUUCUGGACCAAAAAGCUAAAUGAAUAGUGUUCUUUUAUAAAGGUUUGGGUAAUCUGUAGAUGUAAAGGUUACUGUAACAGUGGUCUUUGUUGGCACACAGCAGGACACCAGUUCUUCAAAUGUGUACAUGGAUUUAUUCCCACCUUUUUCAGGACUAAAAUAAUUCACCUUUACCACUCCCUAAAUUGAGUGUUUCAUCUAAGAUUAUCUAUUUCAGUCAGUGUAUAAAUUAAUAUGGAGUCAACGCUGUGCUGCCAAUUUGAAUGUUUGUCCAAACUCUAUCCAAACAGAUGCUUAGUUUGUUUGACUGUGUGUUGGUAGAAUUUAUGCUUUAAAAGAAUGUCCACCUUCAUUUAAAAAAAA